GGUAAUCGAAUUUUUACCAUUUUAUCCAAGUUUAACUAUUCACGAAGUUGAAGGCUGUUAAAUAAAUAAAUAAAAAAAAAGAUUUUCAAUAUGGUUCUAUCAAAAAAAUUCGUUAUAGUCAAACAUUUUGAGGGAAAGCCAAAAUCUUCUGAUUUAGCUUUAGUUGAAGAAUUAUUACCAUUAGUGAAAAUGGGUGAAUUUAUGAUUGAGGCGGAAUAUAUUUCAAUAGAUCCUGGCAUGAGACAAUAUUCAAAUCUUCAAGCAAUUGGUGAUGUAAUGUUUGGUUUACAACUCGGCAAAAUUGUAGUUUCAAAAAAUUCUAAAUUUCCCGUUGGCGAAAGAAUUCGCGGUUGGUAUGGUUGGAGAACGCAUACAAUUAUUGAUCCUAAUAAAUGGGAAAAACAUGAUUUUAUAUCGGAAAAACCACGUGUUUUACCAAAUUUUGGUGAACUAUCACCAUCAAUUGGUCUUGGUAUUUUAGGAAUGCCAGGUGAAACUGCUUAUUUUGGUUUAUUGGAAAUUUGUCAACCAAAAAUUGGUGAAACAUUAGUUGUUAGUGGUGCUGCCGGUGCUGUUGGCUCUCAUGUGGGACAAAUUGGAAAAAUUAAAGGUCUCAAUGUCAUUGGAAUUGCGGGUUCUGAUGAAAAAUGUAAAUGGCUCGUUGAUGAACUUGGUUUUGAUUAUGCGAUUAAUUAUAAAACACAAGACUUAUCUGAGGCUUUAAAAAAUGCUGCGCCAAAUGGUAUUGAUUGCUACUUUGACAAUGUUGGCGGAGAAAUUUCCAGUGCAGUUAUUUUUCAAAUGAAUGAUUUUGGACGAAUUUCCGUCUGUGGAAGUAUAUCAUGUUAUAAUUCAGAACCGCAAAUUUCACCAAUGGCAAAAAGUAUACAAUUUCCUAUUGUUUGCAAACAAUUGAAAAUGGAAGGAUUUCUUGUUCAUCGAUGGGAAAAUCGUUAUAAUGAAAGUUUUGUCGACAAUUAUAAAUGGAUACAAGAAAAUAAGUUAAUAUUACGUGAAACUAUUUAUCAAGGUUUUGAAAAUACAUUUCAAGCAUUUAUUGGUACUUUAAAUGGUGAUAAUAUUGGAAAAACAAUUGUCAAACUGGAUUCUUAAAAAUAGAUUUUAAUUUACCUUGA